AUGGCGGAUGUCUUGGAUAUUGAAAAUUCAGAGGAAUUUGAGGUUGAUGAAGACGGUGAACAGGGAAUUGCGAGAUUAAAAGAGAAGGCGCGAAAACGCAAAGGACGAGGAUUUGGCAAUGAAGGCGGCGGAGGCGGUGUUUCAGAACGAGGGAAUAGAGGAAGAUAUGAUAGUCUGGCUCCAGAAGGUGAUGGUAAUGCACCUGGUCCUCAAAGGUCUGUAGAAGGUUGGAUAUUAUUUGUAAGCAAUGUUCACGAAGAAGCUCAAGAAGAAGAUAUACAGAAUCAGUUUUCUGAAUUUGGUGAAAUCAAAAAUAUUCACUUGAAUUUGGAUCGCCGAACGGGUUUCUUAAAAGGUUACGCUCUAGUUGAAUAUGAAACUUACAAACAAGCUGCAAGUGCCCGUGAAGCUCUUGAUGGUGCUGACAUUCUAGGUCAAGCAAUCUCAGUGGACUGGUGUUUCGUGAAGGGACCAACCAAGACUCACAAGAAAAGGCGAUAG